AUGGCAUCCAAAGCACCCCUCGUAUGGAUCGAUUGCGAAAUGACAGGAUUAGAUCCCGACAACGAGACCAUCAUGUCUCUUGCGUGUUUUGUAACCGACCACGACCUCAACAUCUUGGACGAGGACGGUUAUGAAGCGACUAUACAUCACAGCAAAGAAGACCUUGAUCGGAUGGGCGGGUGGUGCACAAAGCAUCAUGGCGAUUCGGGGCUGACCGAAGCCUGCAUCAGCGCCACCACUACGGCUGAACAAGCCGCUGAUGGUCUAUUGCAGUACAUCAAGAAAUACGUGCCAAACGCUCGCUCAGCAUUGCUGGCUGGUAACUCGGUUCAUGCCGACAAGUCAUUCCUGGUGAAAGCGCCAUACCACAUUGUGACGGACUUUCUUCAUUACCGGAUCUUAGACGUCUCCAGCAUCAAAGAGGCCGCUCGUCGAUGGGCCCCUCCCGAAGUCUUGGAAAAAGCGCCCAAGAAGAAAAUGCUACACGAAGCAAGGGCUGACAUCCUGGAAAGCAUCGAAGAAGCGAAGUUUUAUCGAAACGCUUUCUUCGUCCAGCAAGCGUAA